AAAGCAAAUUUAAAAAUGAAAAAUAAACUAUAAAAAGCUAAGGAAAAUGUCUAAUAAUAUUCCGGAAAUAAAGUUUUAAACAUUUAAAUGAUAGACACUGAAAAUGUGAAAGAACAAUGGAUGCCUUGUCCGCUAGUCGAAAGAGAAUAUCCUGGCUUGACGUACAUUUAUGCUCUGGACAAAAUAAUAGUAACGAAUAAAUUAGACGCAUUACACGAAGUCAUCGGCGUAAAUGGUAAUUGUUACACAAUCUACAACAACCAAAAACAAAAAAUAUUUUUAGCUGUCCAAGAAACCCCCGAAAGAAAAUAUAUCAUUAAAAUAUUCAACAAAUAUGGUAACGAAGUGAUACAAGUGAAAAAACAUGGCGGUUUUUGUGUGAACAGAGUUCUUGUUUUCGCGCCACCUGGAAACUUUGUUGGGUCUGUGGAGAAGUUGUUAACAUGUUUAAAUGCUUUUCGGGUGAAAAAUCACACGGGUGAAGUAUUUUUACAAGUCAAACCACGUCAUCGUUCCUGCUCCAAAUAUGACAUCUUGUCUAAUAAUAAUACAAUUGGUUUGAUGACGAAGAACGACGAUUGUACAAAAUCAGAAAACCAAAGUAUCAGUGCUACAUUUCCUGUUGAAAUGGAAAUCGGACAAAAAGCUGUUUUAAUCGGUGCAUGCUUUCUUAUAGGUUUUUGAUCAAAUUGAGCUUUAAAUACUUAUC